AUGCAAGAAGCAUACCAAGUCGCGAGACAGAAAUCGACGCAGAGCAGUGUGAAAGCCAAGAAAUACUAUGAUCGUUUGGUACGUAGUUCGGUGCUCCAGCCCGGCGAUCGAGUGUUGGUGCGAAAUUUAAGUGAGAGAGGUGGUCCAGGAAAGUUCAGAUCGUUUUGGGAAAACGAUAUUCACGUCGUUGUUCGAAGAAAGGGACCAGACAGCCCCGUUUAUGAAGUUAAAGCAGAAACCAAUGGUACGAAGAUAAGAGUGUUGAAUAGAAACCUGCUGCUUCCUGUUGAAGAACCCCUAACCGACCCAGCACGGACAGUGUCUCGGCGACAGCUACGUAAAAGACAAAACCAAAGCCUAACUAACCCAGCCGCAAGCGAAUCCGAAAACUGUGAUACAUCCACUGACGACGAGAAUAGGCCGGAUGUGAUAAUCAGUGUUAUCCCCAGGAAUUCUAAAACUGCACCUCCGACCGAUAUCAAACCCGAAGUCUUCCCAAUCCCUCCAGAACAACCACACGAGCCAGAAGUCCCUCCAGUGCCGGAGGUCCUCCCAAUCCCUCCCGGGCAACCACGGAAAACAAGAGCGAGACAACCACCAGACAGGUUGACGUAUUACGGGCCUGGCCAAGGUUUUCCAGCUGGUGUCUUCGAAACCCCAGCAACAAACCCAAUUUCAGCAGACCAAUGGCAACCUCAUCGGAUACUCUGGACGACUAAUCCACCUCACCUACCCUUCUAUCCACCACCCAUGUAUGGAAUGCCUAUCGACACCUUUCACCCAUUUUCCCACCAAGCCCCUCUUUAUGGACCAUGGGCCUUUCCCUAUCAAGCCGGCAUGAACUUUUUUCCUUAUUAA